AUGAGGUGUGAAUUGCUUCUUGGAGUUGCUUGCUUGAACCCGGUUAACUCUUUUUCAAGUUUUGACAUUGAAAAGAUAUUAAGAUUGGCUGAGCUAUAUCCUGAUGAUUUUGAUAAAUAUUCUAUAGUUGACCUUCGUUUUAAGCUUGAGAAUUACAUUGUUGAUGUUCGGGAUCAUGACAAAAGGUUUUCUGAUUUUACGGGACUUGGUAAUCUUUCCAAGAAACUAGUAGAAACAAAGAAGCAUGGGACUUAUCCUCUUAUGUUCUGGCUAGUGAAAUUUGCUUUACUUUUGCCGGUUGCUACGGCUACGGUUGAAAGAGCUUUCUGUGUUGUUUGGUGCCUUAUAUAG